AGGACAAGAUCCCUAUGAGCACGGGCACGGCCCCUACCAGCCCCACGAGCCGGGUUACGGUCUCUAUCAGCCGGGAUACAGCCCAUACGAUGAUCAGAUUCCCGAUCCCAAAUCCCGAACGCUGGCGAUUCAGAAUGCAAAAGCCUUUUUACUGAAGAGCAGCACGACAUCUGGCCUGAACCUAUAUGAUCAUCUUGCUAAUAUGCUAACAAAGAUCCUGGAUGAGCAGCCCCCAAAUGCAGUGGACAUAAUUGAGAAUAUCAGCAAGGAUGUGAAGUGGGCUCAGUUUCAGAAAAAAAUGGACACCCUUCGAGAUGAACCUGAGGUUCUUCCAGCAUUUGAAGCUGCAGAAAAUCGCAAAGCUUUGUUUCUCAAGGCAAAUGAAGAAGGAGAUGAAGGACUAGAAGAAGAGGUAGGAGAGAACCCUCUACCUAAUGUGAUGGAAACAGCCUUUUAUUUUGGAGAGGCUGGAGUUGGCUUGAGCAAAGAUGAAACCUAUCACAUAUUCCUUGCCCUUAAAAAACUAAUUAGUGCUCAGCCAAUCCAGACCUGUCGCUUCUGGGGCAAAAUCCUGGGCCUGGAGAUGAACUAUAUUAUAGCUGAAGUACAGUUCCGUGAGGGGGAAGGGGAAGAGGAAGAGGAAGAGGAGGAAGCAGAAGAGGAAGAAGUUACUGAGGAAGGAGAUAAAGAGAUGGAUGAGGAGGUUGAAGACGAAGAUAAGGAGAAAGAAAAAGAAUAUGAACCACCGAAGUCCACCUAUAAGCCCCCACCUGUUGUCCCAAAAGAAGCAAAUGGGACUGGGGCUAAUAAGUAUGUCUACUUUGUCUGUAAUGAGCCAGGCAAACCGUGGGUGAAGUUGCCUCCGGUGACACCAGCCCAGAUUGUCUGUGCCAGGAAAAUCAAAAAGUUCUUCACCGGUAGGCUGGAUGCUCCUGUCGUGAGCUUUCCUCCUUUCCCUGGAAAUGAGGCCAAUUACCUGCGUGCACAGAUAGCUAGGAUCUCGGCAGGAACCCAUAUCUCUCCCAUUGGAUUUUAUCAGUUUGCAGAGGAGGAAGAAGAAGAGGAGGAGGGGGGAGGAGGAAGAGAUGCAUAUGAAGAAAACCCUGAUUUUCAGCCUCUUUCUGUGGCUGAUAUGUCGGAUUCUGUCUCCAUGUGGGUACACCACGUACAGAGUAUUCUACAGCAGGGUCGCUGUACUUGGUUUAAUCUUUUUCAAAAACCAGAGGAAGAAGAAGAGGAGGAGGAGGAAAAAUCAGAGGAGCCAGAUGAACUACAGCAAGAAGUAGGACCACCUCUUCUCACUCCACUCUCUGAAGAUGAAGGAAUUCAGAACAUCCCUGCUUGGACAGCUCAGGCUUCUACAAACCUGAUCCCCCAACAUGCUGUUGCAAUCCUCCAGUCUAACCGCUGGCCCGGAGCAUAUGCCUUUGCAUCUGGCAGGAAAUUUGACAACAUUUACUUUGGCUGGGGUCACAAAUACAGCCCAGAGAACCACACUCCCGCACUGCCUCCGCCAGUGCAAGCAGAAUACCCCAGCGGGCCAGAGAUCACGGAGAGAGCUGACCCCACUCUGAAAGAGGAGCAGGCUUUCAGGGCUGCGAGGGAAGAGGCCUUAGCUGCAGCUGAGGAAGAGGAAGAGGAGGAAGAUGCUGAGGACGAUGAAGAGGAGGACGAUGAUUAA